AUGACAAUCAAGAGCCACCCAACCCCAAAGCCUCUCAAGGUUGCCAUCAUCGGCGGUGGUCCUGGUGGACUAGGCGCCGCCAUCGAAUUUGGAAAGCUUGACUACGUAGACUGGACGCUUUACGAAAAGAAACCCCAAAUCAGCGAGACCGGAGGCGGUAUCAGUUUGCAACGACACACGUGGAGGCUGCUGGAGUUGAAUGGGGCAGCCAAGAACAUACACCCAGACGAUUUCUUCAGGUCACCAGACGGCACGAGUGGACAGCAAAGAAACGGCAGAACCGGCAAGCUUCUGGAGCAAAGCAGACAUCCCGCGGACACGCCGCCCCAACAGCUGAGCUGCCGCAUGGUGCGGGCGAAGCUGCAAGCCGCCCUGCUCAAAGAUGUCGACCAGUCGCGUGUCAAGACUUCAAAAAAGCUGACCAGCAUUCUGGUUCUGCCGAAUGGCAAGGUCGAGAUCAGCUUCGAAGAUGGCUUCACCGACGGGGUGGACUUGCUGGUGGGUGCUGACGGGAUCCGAUCGUUUGUGAGGUCGUUUGCCUUCCCUUCGCACAAGAUCAAGUACAACGGCCAGUCCGCCUACCGCACCAUCAUCCACAGGCCGACGGCCGAGAAGAUUGACGGGAUCCCGCAGUCCCCCGUCUUCUGGCAGAACACCGGCGGGAAGUACGUCUUCACGUGCCCCCUGGGCGGCGACGACUUCGAGGUGACGGCGCGCAUCCGCCGGCCGAUCGAGGGCCAGCAGCACGUCAGCUGGGGCCGACCCUUUGACUUCUCGACCAUCGCGUCGGAGUACGACGAGUUCUGCGAGCCCGUCCGCAAGGUCAUACAGCUUGCCGCCCAGGGCGAGACCCAGGAGUUCGCCCUCUUCUCGGGGCCGCGGCUGGAGAGCGUCAUCUCCCACGGCGCCCUGGCCCUGAUCGGGGAUGCUUCCCACCCCCUCUCGGGCGCGUUCGGCGCGGGCGCCGGGUUCGCGCUGGAGGACGUCUAUGCCCUGACUCGGAGCAUCGACUGGGCUCAGCGGAACGCAAAGGGCCUGCCUGCGGCGCUGGAUCUGUACGACCAGAUUCGGUCUCCGCAUUACCGUGACCUGUACGGGGUUCUGGACAACUUUGCGGCCCUCAACUCCGCGCUGCUGGCCGAGAAACUCCCCGUGGAGGAGGAGAUCGAGGAGCGUGUGAGGAGGGCGGGCGAGAGCAGGAGUACUUGGAUGUACCAUUACGAGAUAGAAAAGGCCGUCGAUAAGUUCCUCGGGGCAACUGGCGAACUUGGCCAGGUGGCUUCCGUGCUCUGA